AUGGAUCGUGCUUCGCCGGAUCUUGGAAGUGAUGAAGGUGAGAGGGAUUACUAGUAGAAGUUUAGUUACAAUCCGCAUAAUUUUUUCUAUGAAGGAAAAGGUUUUUUAGCUAUGUUUUCGGCUUAAACUAGAGACUGAUACCUAAAAUAAGUCACAAUUCCAUUUCUAGUUGGAAAUUCCUCUUGAUUGUGCCUAAAAUAGCGAUUAAUAGACGGAAGAUGUAUUAUUCUUGUUGUUGUAAUCAUUUCCGACUCGAACAUUACCCAUUUUUAUUUUAGGCGAUGAGCGUUCGAUCGGCACCAGCAGUGGAAACUUGGUGUGCCUCGUCUGUGGCGACACUGCAACGGGUAGACAUUAUGGGUCAGUGGCUUGCAACGGUUGUAAAGGCUUCUUUCGACGGACUAUUAGACGGAAUUACAAGUAUAGCUGCAGAUUCAGCGGGAAUUGCCAAAUCGACAAACGUAAGUCUAAAAUAAUAUAAUUUUUUGAUUAAAAAGCGAUGUUUAUAAGAAGUUCGGCAAUCCCAUUAUAUUUCCAUCAUAUUUUUAUGACUCUAUAUUGCAUUUUUUCAGAUAAUCGAGCAGUUUGUCGAGCAUGCCGUUAUGCAAGAUGUAUAAGAUACGGCAUGAAAGUUGAUGGUAAGUUGACGUUUUUUUGUGGAUUUUAUUGUUUCGAUACGUCUGAUGAGCCUUUUUGGAGUUCGCGGAGGUUUUAAAACCUUUUUUCCACCUGUUUAUCAAACGUUUUCAUAGAAAAUAACACUUGGCAUGAGUCAACUGUUGAUUUCUGUCGAAUUAAAACUCAUUUUUCAUUCCCUUAUUUUUUCAGCUGUUCAAAACGAACGCGAUUUGAUUGGAAAGCGUCCCAGAACACAGUCGGCCAACGGCCCUGGGACGAUCUCCCCACCAAACGGAUCAAAUCCGGUCGCAUCGCCGACCUCGGUGGGGGUCGCAAAUUUCUUCAAUUCGGAUAGCACUGGCUCAGGGUAAGUGCACUGGAGUGCACGGCCUAAAUGGAGUGUUCUUUGGGUAUUUGAGUGCAUUACACUUGAGUACUCUGAAAGGCAAAUAGCCUUUCGUUUUUAAUUCUGUGCACUUUCGGAUAGUAAGGGUAUGAUGCAUUUUCAGCACGGUCCCCACAACAUCCACGGACCCUUGGGAAUCUCCAAAGGCGUUGCUGGAAUUACUGUUAAGGUCGGAGGAAAAGGAGAAGAACUUGAGGGCCACGGUGAUCAAGGAGACGGGAAAAUUGGAGUUCACAACCAAGAAUGAACCAGUAAGUAAUGUUUUUUGAACAAAAUUUUUUGCAUGGUUUAGAAGUUUUGUUGAUUACGAGUUCCACUGUGGCUUUAGUUUGAAAUUAGGUGCGGAAAAAUAAAUUGCAUUUGCAGCAGCUACUUUUUACCAUUUAUAUUUUUCGUUCUUUACAAGGGGCGGUUUUCGCGCGGCUGCGCCCUUGCUUCAAUUUAAAAUUUGACCCAUAAUGUACAAAAAUUGAUGUCAUUGUGAAUUCCCGAUUAAUAACACUGUUUUUUUCAGCGUUUCUCCACCAACGCCAACCGUCGGAAGGCUACGUACAAUGAUAUCUUGCACUCCCUCCAUAGCCAGUUGUUAUUGGUCAUUGAAUGGGCGAAAACGCUUCGGCCAUUCGCCGAAUUGUCAACGGAGGACCAGACCGCUCUGCUCAAGAACUUUGCCUCUCAACAUAUCGUUCUCUGUGUGGCGUAUCGCUCGAUCAAUGCUUGCGACAUGUUGCAGUUGAUCAACGACACUUGUAUUCCAAGAGCUAGUGGAAGAACUGAGUAAGUGAAGGCGUGCAAAAUGAUAUUAAGGGCUUCUUAGAGGUAUUCAGAACUUUGGGAGUGCAUAGCGGGCUUUUUCGAGGGUUUUUUAGCAGAAAUUUAUAUUGUUUUAGGUAUUUUUGACAAAAAAAAAUUUAAAAUUUUGUAAUUUGACCAUGAUUCUUUGCAGUGAUUUCUAUUCGAAGGACUGUGAUCGAGUCAUGGACACUCUGGUGGCUCCAAUGAGAUUCCUACAGAUGGAUGAUGUCGAAUUUGUCACCAUGAAAGCGUGUGUUUUAUUUGAUCCGGUGGCCAGAGGCCUCUCCAACGAAAGUGUAAUGAAAGUCCUAGACACUCGCCGAAGAAUCUUCUCGGCCCUGGAAUUCUACGCAAAAAGUCGCCACGGCGAAAAUUCGAGUCGAGUUGGAGAUCUGACCUUCUUCAUCUUGUCGCCCUUGCAGGUGGGUAUUUUUUAUUUUUUCUUCUUUGAAUUUAGAUAAACUAUGACGAAAGGAUGAUUUUAGAGCUUGGCAAGAUCAAUUUCCGAAGAUAUUUUGGUCUCCAAAUUGAGCGGAAUGGCCAGAAUUGACAUGCUGAUGGAGGAAUUGAUCCUCGAAGACACCGAACCCAAGCAGAGGACCCCUCUCAACCUCCAAAGAUCUCUCUCGGAAACCGAGGACCCGUCCUUUGUCGAUUUCCCGGCCCCAAUGUCGGCAACUUCGGAGCCUCAGCUGUCGAAUCCACCGUCUUACGAGGACCCGUUGGUAUUCCAACCGGUGGGCUCGGCCCCGGCCCAGGGUGAUCUUCAAGUCCCAACGGAUAAACAUAAUGCGAUUCCCGCGAUGAAAAGUGAGAUGUCGCCGAUUCAUCAAUACGAAAUGAUGUCCACUCUGUCUUCGUAUGUGUUUGGUGGGACUUUGCAGAGGUAAAUUUGGGAGUUGUGAUGGGCUGGGAUGUUGGAGAGGGGUUUAAUUUAAUGAUUAAAAUUUAAAAAAAUAUUAUUUUUAUAUUUUUUAUAAUUUUCAUUGAAAUUUUUGGCUAAUUUUUUGCGAUUUUUUCUUAUCUUUUCAUUAAUUCAAUCUGAAUUUUUGCUAAUUGAAUUAUAAUUUUUCUUUUCCAGCCCUCUCUCCCCCUCGAAUGACGUCAUGUUUUCCUCGGCAGCCAGUGUGAACCCGUCGAACGACCUCAUUGAAUCCAAAGUGAACCCUCAAGCCAUGGAAGAGACGGUUAUGAUGUCCUCGCCCCCCUCUCAACAAUGGCCACAGAACCCUCCGAUGAGUUCAGGACGCCUCUCGGCCCACCUAAAUUACAAUAACACCCCGAAUGUGGCAUCGCCGGGCAAUAUGUUCAUGCCGCAGGCAUCUCUCAACUUUUAG